AUUGUGGAAUUGCCGUAAUUGAAAUUACUAAACGAAUUAUGGAAAAAUAUAAAGGUAGUUUGGAAGGUAUAAAUUUGGGUGUAUUUGAUUUUCCCCAAGCUCGCAUUAGUUGGCAAAAGAAAUAUCUUACUAGCCAAAAUUCAAGCAACAAGCAAAAUUCCGCAUCGGAAACAGUUAUUUUCACUCUAGAAAAAUGCCAAGACUGA